UGUUGAGGCAGGAGGGUGCGGGGCUAGGAGUGUGCUGCCCUUGCUAGGCACGCCCUUAUCCGGAGGCAACUGAAUACAGUAGGGCAGGCCCUACCCCCAAAUACAACAAAGAGGCCCCAGGUUUGUGCCACUGCUCUUCAGGGCAAGUACGCUUUUGACUUUGUAGGAGAGACUGGUGGGCUUGAAGUUAGGCAUUGGUUCCAGUCCUCUCGUGUCUGGUUAGCUGUUUUCCCCGCAGAUUAGGGUGAGCAGUGCAGAGGGGUGACAUGGUUAGUGGUGAGAAAGGAAAGGUGCUGACUGUGGCCUGUAGGCCACACCUCCUUCCUUCUUGAUCAGUGAGCCUGCCGACUCACAGAUGAGCCCUGGAGUCUUACUCAGUUCUGUGUCUCUCAAAGUGAGGUGCCUGUGCCUUUCCCGGGAGUACCUGGGGCUCUGUUGGGUCUACAGAUGAAGCUGCAGGGGAAACCUGUGCCAUUGCCCUGAGUUGUCAGUUGCAUCUGCAGAAUUUUGGGGGGCACGGUUAUGUGAAUAUUAAAUGCUGUAUUCCAGGGUAGAGUGCAAAAAUGCAGCGUGUUUUAGAGAUGCAGCAGGAAUUCAGACAAGGGUUGUGUGCCUGGCUGGUCCUUGGGGUAAGGUUUUCCUUCUCCAGGGUGAGGGGAUCAGAGAGAGGAGCUGGAGAGGGUCUACCCUGGGUCCUGAGAGCAUCUGGAGGUGAUAUCUUGGGAGGGGACAGGAUUGUAUGGUGACAGCCCCCUCACGUGGAAGAUAUCACCAUUGAGGUCCCCAAGUGGACAUCCUCCAGCCCUUUAUUACUAAAGGAUUCCUGGCUGGAGCCUGCAGGUCUGGGUUGAUACCUGGUCCUCCCCCAAGGCUGGCUGUGGGUUGGACAGCUGGGGUAAGGUUGGAGCUGGAGGCCAAAUGCUGACUGCAGCAGGAAGCACAGCCGAGCUGUCAGGUGAGGCCAGGCACAGCGGAGAGGCAGGGAGCCGUGUCGCCCUUUGGGCACCCUGCUGGGGCAGGCAGGCCCCUUUGCACCUGUGGUUCUGGAACCCCUUGCUGUCUGAAGGCAGAUGUCUAAGGCUGUGCUGAGGAGCAGUGCAAUGCUUGAGUCCUUUGUUUUGGAAGGAGACCCUGGGGGCAGUCCCACUGCAGUCUGGCUCACUUUAUCUGGCUUCCUGGCCUGCUGUCUGCAUAAGGUUACCUGGGAAAAUGGAAAACGGCAGAAUGCCAGACCCAGGCGGAGGGAUCAGGUGCAGAGGAGCUGCUGCAAGUUUAAUGAGCUGGUUGCUAAUUGCUGCCUCCAAGGCCCCCACUCAGCGAUGGCCUGGGCUUGCUCCCUGCCCAGCAGCCAGCUCCCUGGACCCUCCUUGAAGGCUCCUGGAGUUCCUGGUGAAGCCAGGCUGCAGGCUGUGGGUAGAGGAGGGAGUUGGGUGCAAGAGACCCUGCUGGUGAGGUGCAGCAGGGAGGCGGGGAGGCAAGGCUGCACAUCUGGGCAUCAGAGAAGCCACGUUCUGGGGUGGAGGAAGACGCCCCCUCCCCUUCCUGGCCUCAUGGCAUUUCAGCGGUGUGUGGCUGGGCUGUGGGACUUGCUCAUGUGCAAGAGGAGAAAUGGGCCUCGGCAGAUGAAGAUAGCAUGCCCGCGGCACAGGGCUGCUUGUGCGAUCUCUGGCCUCUUCAACUGCAUCACCAUCCACCCUCUGAACAUUGCGGCCGGCGUGUGGAUGAUCAUGAAUGCCUUCAUCUUGUUGCUGUGCGAGGCGCCCUUCUGUUGCCAGUUCAUCGAGUUUGCAAACACGGUGGCGGAGAAGGUGGACCGGCUGCGCUCCUGGCAGAAGGCUGUGUUCUACUGCGGGAUGGCGGUUGUUCCCAUCGUCAUCAGCCUGACCCUGACCACGCUGCUGGGCAACGCCAUCGCCUUUGCCACGGGGGUGCUGUACGGACUCUCUGCUCUGGGCAAAAAGGGCGAUGCGAUCUCCUACGCCAGGAUCCAGCAGCAGAGGCAGCAGGCAGAUGAGGAGAAGCUCGCGGAGACCCUGGAGGGGUAGCUGUGAAGGGCUGGGCACCCCUCCCUCCCUGCCCCCUCCUCUGGCUCUGUGUGAGUCCAAGUGAGGCCUGGACUGUCCACACUGAGGCACAGCCUGGAGAGGGGCUUCUGCACCUGCCCCUACACCUGGAGUCCUCUGCUCCUUUCUCCAGGCUUGCUUAAGCCAGGAGCGCCUGGCUGCUGGUAUGAGAGUCUGGGCUGCUGGACUUGAGGCAGAGCCGAGCAGAGCCUGCAGCAGCUGUGUGGACACCAGAUGGCCUUGCUCCCCCGCUGGGUGGGUCUGCAGACCUCACACCACAGACAGGGCUGCCAGUGACCUGCUGUGACCUGGCAACAGCCUCCCCUGGAGAUGCUGGUCCUGGCUUGAGGGGAGGUGCAAGUGGGACCCUGCCACCUGGGCACUGGGCAGAGGGACCUCCCCCAGCUCUCUUGGCAGGUAGAGCCACAGGGUCCAGGACAGCCUGCCACUGCCAGCAACCUCCCACCACUGCUUAGGGUGCAGCGCCCACUGCCACCCCGCCUUCUCAAGAAGCCCAUAGGGCCCCUAAGGUACAUCCCUGUACCUGGAACUGCAGCCUCGGCAGUGACCGCACAGCUGGGUGGGGGAUGCUCCCUGCCAACUCCUGGAACCUUGGACAGGCCACCCCAAGACCCCUCAGCUGCCCCUCCUCCCUGGGCCUGCUAAGGCCCCUAGGUUCUGCCCAUCAGCACCCCCCCACCCGGCUGGCCUUGGUGCUAAGGAAGUGGGGAGAGCAGGCUCUCCCUGGCCUCACUGAGGGUGCCCACCCUCUCCCUGGUGUGGCCCCAUCAUGUCAGCCGCAGUCCAGCCCCGUGAGUGGGUCAGUGGGUCUGACCUCAGCACCCACUCAGGUUCUCCUGCCGGCCUGCCCAAGCCCUGCCCUCAGGGAGCUUCUGCCUUUUAAGAACUGGGCAGAGGCCACAGUCACCUCCUCACACAGAGCUGUCCUCACUGCCCCGGGUGCCAGGCCAUCUGGAGCCAGGCCUACCCAGGGAGGACACGGAGAGCUGGUGCCCGGGAAGUGCAUCCCCAUAUUCCCUCUGCCCUGUGGCCUCAGUGCAAUGACCUCUCUGACUGUGAGGCUGGCUCUUGGCCGUCGGGCAGGUGCCUGGUCGGGCCUGGCUUAGCCUGGGUGGGGCUUGGCAGAAGCGGGAGGGUAUGGAAGAUACUCCAUCUGGGUCCGACCCCAGGCUGGGCCUGUGCUGAGCUUCGGGAGCAGAGGUACUGGGCCUUGCUAAGUGGACUGUUUCCCAGGAACACCUCUUGGGCCCAUCUGCGUCUGAGGCUGGGAGUGGCAGGCUGGAGGCCUGGGUGUGGGGUUCUUUGGGUCCUGCCCAGUACUGCCCUGGGGACCUGUCUGUGGACUCCUGGGUCAGCAGCACCCCACCCCCGGGAGUCUGGCCAGCUGAGCCCCAGGGUGGCAGGGGCAUUGUAGCCUGGUGGACACGUGCCUUCAGGGUUCCUCCGGGGCCACUUUCCUCAGGCCAGUGCUGGGUUCAAAGGGCUAUGUGUGUGUGUGUGUAUAUAUGUAUGUGUGCGUGUGCACGCAUUUGUCCCAUGUAUGCAGUGAGUGAGACCUGUCUACCUCCCACGAGAAGCAAGGGCUCUGACCGCCCUCUGCUCCUUCCUACCCAGGUAGUGGGGCCCCGGGGCCCCUUCUGCCUGGCCUGCCUGCUGCUGCCCCUGCCAGAGGGGCCUCGCCGACAGCCAGAGACAGCAGGAGAAGGGUGGGCUGUGGAUCAAGGAAGGCUGCCCCUGUGCCCUGUGGGGAAAUGGUGGGUGCACAGCUGGAUGCAGAGGUGGAAGGCCCUCAGCCACAGGCCAGAGCGGGCGGGUCACCUGUCCCAGGUUCCCAGCAAGUCUGCAGCUGUGCGGACCUGGGGCUUCUGACCCUGUCUCCCAGGGAGUGUGCUGUCCAGCAGGGGCCCUGCCUUGCAAGGAACGUCUCUUCCAUCGGCUGGGCCACUCCUGCCUCGUCUGGGCUGUGUGUGGCGCUCUUUCCCCCCGUCUGCACCUCUGUGUUCUGUGUGUGUCUUGAGCAAUAAAGCGCAGCCGUGGCUCACAUGUCUGUCCUCACUCCCUUC